UAAGAAUCGUGAACUGACUGAAGAAACAGAUACACCAAUUCAGUGUAAAAGCUAACUCAAAUGGGCUCUUAAUCAGUUAUUUUCUUUUUUCCAGUGAUUAAUUGGAUAAGUGGAACAAUGGCUGCUAGUUUUUGACAUUGGCAGAAGCUGAGUAAAUUAACUAUUUUUUUUCUGGGAUUUAUUUACAGUUUUCUUUUCAGGUACAAAGACUAGCAUCAAGGGUGAGAUAGAAGAAGGUUGCACUUGUUUUUUGCUCAAAAUGACAAUGAAACCAUCGAGUAACAUUUGGAUUCAACGCCAACAGUGUCCCUGUGGAGAUUGGAAGUGUUAUGUUAAGUAUGAAGGAGAUGAUCAGGCAUCGGUAAUCUCUCAGCGUAUAAAAAACGAGACAACAUCAACACCAUCAUCAUUGGAAGCUGUCUUUAUUCCAUAUGUUGGUCAAAUAUUCAAAACCGAUGAUGAUGCUUUCGAGUACUAUAGCAAUUUUGCACGGAAGAAUGGAUUUUCAAUAAGGAAAGCACGGUCCACAGAAAGCCAGAAUUUAGGGAUCUACCGACGAGAUUUCGUCUGUUAUCGAUCUGGGUUUAAUCAACCUAGGAAAAAGGCCAAUGUGGAGCAUCCGAGAGAUCGGAAAUCAGUGCGAUGUGGAUGCGAUGCAAAAUUGUAUUUGAUGAAAGAAAUCGUCAAUGGUGUUACCCAAUGGUACAUUUCACAAUUCAGUAAUGUCCACAACCAUGAAUUGUUGGAAGAUGACCAAGUACGUUUGCUUCCGGCAUAUCGGAAAAUCCAGGAAGCAGAUCAGGAAAGAAUUCUUUUACUCUCCAAAGCUGGGUUUCCCGUCAACCGCAUUGUAAAGGUGUUGGAAUUAGAAAAGGGAGUUCAACCCGGACAAUUGCCCUUUAUCGAGAAGGAUGUUCGGAAUUUUGUACGGACUUGUAAAAAGACCAUUCAAGAAAAUGAUGCUCUGCUUACUGAGAAGCGAGAAAAUGAUACGAUGGAACUUCUCGAGGCCUGCAAGGCUAUGGAAGAGAGGGAUGCCGAUUUUGUUUACGAUUAUACUACAGAUGAGAAUAAUAAGGUUGAAAAUAUUUCCUGGUCUUAUGCAGAUUCAGUUCGUGCAUAUACAGUAUUUGGCGAUGUGGUUACCUUUGACACCACUUACCGUUCUAUCACAUACGGAUUGCUUCUCGGAGUAUGGUUUGGUAUAGAUAAUCAUGGAAAGCCAGUUUUCUUAGGAUCUGUUUUACUGCAAGAUGAAAGUUCGAAUUCUUUCUCUUGGGCUUUACAGACUUUUCUUCGUUUUAUGAGAGGUAGAUGUCCACAAACAAUUUUAACAGAUUUUGAUUCAAACCUAAGAGAUGCUAUUGCAAGGGAAUUGCCGAAUACGAAACAUGUUAUAUGUUCAUGGCAUGUUCUUUCAAAAUUAUCGAGUUGGUUCUCUCUGCCACUCGGAUCACAGUAUGAAGAAUUCAGAGCCGAGUUUGAUGUGUUGUGUCACUUAGAAGGCAUGGAAGAGUUUGAGCAGCAGUGGAAUCAUUUUGUUGCUCGGUUCGGACUUGCCUCAGAUAAGCACAUAGCUUUGUUAUUUUCGUACCGAUCAUCGUGGCCACUUUCUCACAUCCGAGGUCACUUUCUUGCUCGUUCAAUGACGGAUGAGUUUUAUCAGUCUAUGGAUGCAUUUUUGAAACGGAUCUUGAGUGGACCAACAUGCUUACAAUUAUUCUUCAAGCAGGUCGGGGUCGCCGCUGAUUUAAGAAACCAAAGCCGAGAAUGGUUGCAAUACAUGCAUAUCAAGACGUGCUUACCAAUUGAAGAAAACGCAAGAAGUGUUCUUACACCCUAUGCAUUCAAUGCAUUACAGCAUGAGAUCGUGCUGUCGAUGCAGUAUGCAACAACCGAAAUGGCAAAUGGAUCGUAUCUUGUGCGACACUACAAGAAAAUGGAUAGCGAAUAUUUUGUGAUUUGGAUAUCACAAGAUGAGCAAAUUCAUUGCUCAUGUAAGGAAUUCGAACAUUCUGGAAUUUUGUGCAGGCAUUGUCUCAGAGUACUUACAAUGAAAAACUAUUUUGAAAUUCCGGAAAAAUAUGUCCUGUUCCGAUGGCGACUGGAGAGUUCGUUGGUUCCUAUGGAAGAUGGGAAUGGCCAAUGUAACAGUGAUGAGUGUGCUCAAGCCUUCCAUUCUUUAGCUGCAACUCUGUUGACUGAAUCGCUGUUUACGAAGGAACGUUUCAAUCACGUUCAUCAGGAACUUGCGAGACUCCUCGAUCAUGUCAGAGACAUGCCGCUCUCAAACGAUUUUACUUCAAAUACGGCGGUUAACAACAUCAGUGAAACAUAGGUUUCCUGACGAUAAUAGAUUGACCACUGAAGCUUUCUUAUCGAACAUUUCCGGGCGAUACAUGUGGAAAAUCGAGUCACCUGCGAAGCUUGCUCGCUCUAAAGAUUGCCAGAAAUUGGGAGGAUGAAAUUACGGGCCAUGAAUGCUUUUGAUAGAUAUUGGACGUCAAAACAAAGUAGAGAC